UUGAUUGUAGAUAUGUUUAACAUGGAUGGCCUCUCCCUCACAAAACAUUUCUGCUUGGUAAUUUUUAUUUUUUUAGGAUCUGACGUCACACCUAACAACAGAGGAUUGUGGGAAGAUAUGGCGUCCAGCUUGACAACAUGUGACAGCAGCAGAAGAACGCUGCUGUGGUCUGCGCAAAGGUAAGGCUUCGAGGGCUUUACGAUGGAGGGAGACGCGCUGCCGCACAAGCGCUUCAUCUGCUCAUUCCCGCCGUGCGCGGCGGCCUACGACAAGCAGUGGAAGCUGGACGCCCACCUGUGCUCGCACACCGGCAUUAGGCCACACGCGUGUCCGCAAGACGGCUGCGCGAAGUCCUUCUGCACCCCGUACCACUUGGCCCGCCACCAGCUCACCCACAGCGGCCUGCGUCCCUUCCAGUGCUCGGCGGAAAAUUGCAAGGAAGCCUUCAGGACCAACGCGAGCCGCGCGCGACACUUUGGCCGCGUGCACGCCGCCACGCCAGAGAGCAAGCGCUACGCGUGCACGGCGGACGGCUGCGGUGCACUUUUCAAGAAGCACCGGCAGCUCAAGGCGCACGUGAGCGAACGCCACACUCACUUACCUGCCUACGCCUGCCCGCACGACGGCUGCGCCAUGCGCUUCAACUUCCCGAGCCGCCUCAAGCGACACCUCAAGGUUCACCAAGGCUAUCCCUGCAACCACUCGGGCUGCACCUUCAGAGGUUCCACCUGGACAGAGUUCGUGAGGCACCGCAAGGAGCAGCACCAAACGCAAGUGUUAUGUCAGGAAUGCGGCAAGGCUUUUCGGGACUCCUGGUUCCUGGAGCAGCAUCAGCGCGUCCACGCCGACACGCGGCUGGUGUACCGGUGCCCGCGCGACGACUGCGACCGCUCCUUCACCACCACCUUCAACCUGCAGAGCCACUUGCGGUCCUUUCACGACGGGCUGCGACCUUUCGCCUGCGACCACCCGGGAUGCAGCCGGACCUUCGCCAUGAAGCAGAGUCUGCUGCGGCACGGAGUCGUACACGACCCGCAGCGGAAGAAGAUGGCGCGGCCCAAGAGGUCACUGCCGUCCCGGUUGAGUGGAUGCAGUGACAAGAUGGCAAAAGAGAAGUUGGCAGAGACGCAAAAGCCCCCCGGGCCGGUGGAGUUGGUCCAUCUCUUGCAGGACACAUCGCUGCUGGGUGAGCCACCUCAGGACCUGUCAGCGGCGUUGACGUCGCCGCUCACAAUUUAGAUGAACCAUUUAUUAAAUAAAA